UUUCACCAUUAUCUCCUUCAUCUCUCUCUUCUCAAAUCUCAAUCCAAAUCCUCACUUCUUCAUCUUCACCUGUAAUCUCUCCCACAAACCCUAAUCCCUAAACCCCCUUUCUUCUUCUCCCCAUUUUAAGCUCCUUUCAAUGGUACUUUCACUCUAAAUUGUCCCCUUCCCCAUUUCCCCUUUUGUGCUUUUUCUUCACCAUGUUCAAAUACUACAUCCUUAUCCCAUCUCUUACACUUCUUAUCUCUAUUCCAAUCAUCUUUUACUUAGCCCCAUCAAUUCUUCCUCAACGACAAAUACCCAUUUCUCUCCCUGAUGAACUCGACGAUCUUUCCCUUUUCCACAAAGCCAUCGCCGCCGAUUCCACUUUUCUCAAAAAACCAUCCCGGAAGCACCCUUCCAACAAAUUCCGUCUUGGUUCCACCACCGUACGCCGCCCUAAAAUCGCUUUUCUCUUUUUAACGAAUUCAGAUUUACAUUUUGAACCCUUGUGGCACAAGUUCUUCAAUGCGUCUGAUCCACAUCUGUAUAAUAUCUACAUUCACGCUGACCCUACAGUGAAAAUUACUCCUCCAACGGGUGUUUUUGCGGAUAGAUUUAUACAUGCGAAGAGAACUCAGCGCUCCUCACCGACGCUUAUCUCAGCCGCACGCCGCCUUCUUGCUCACGCUUUGCUUGAUGACCCAGAUAAUGCUUAUUUUGCUCUUAUCUCUCAGCAUUGUAUACCUUUGCACUCGUUUAAUUACUUUUACAAUUUUCUAUUGGAUACCCAGAAAUUAUCUAGGAAGAUGGAGUUUCCUAGUUAUAUAGAGAUUCUUACGGAAUCUCCUUCAUUAUUAGAUAGGUAUAAUGCUAGAGGGGAAAAUGUGAUGGAACCAGAAGUGAGUUUUGAUAAAUUCCGAGUUGGGUCACAGUUUUUUGUUAUUACAAGAAAGCAUUCAUUGAUGGUGAUUAAGGAUAGUAAGCUAUGGAGGAAAUUUAAGAAGCCUUGUGUAAAAAUCCAGUCUUGUUAUCCUGAAGAACACUAUUUUCCUACUUUGUUAUCAAUGGAGGAUCCUAAUGGCUGUACUCGUCACACAUUGACUCGGGUGAAUUGGACCGACUCAGUUGGUGGACAUCCCCAUACUUAUCAGCCACCCGAAGUUUCCCCUGAGCUGAUUUACAAGCUCAGAGAGUCGAAUUCAACGUAUUCUUACAUGUUUGCAAGAAAGUUCUCUCCGGAUAGCUUGAAAUUGUUGAUGGAAAUGGCGGAUUCCGUCAUUUUUAAGGACUAAAACUUCUUUUUCUUGCUGACGACGAAGAGGAGAAAUCUAAUGCAAAUUGUGAUGUUGUGAAGACAAAAGACACAUCUUAGAGGAGUAUCAUGUGGGAACGAGGUCUUGAAGGGUUUGUCAAAAAGAAUGCCCUCAGCCUAAGUAACCCCAAAAUGAAUUCAACUACAAGCUUUGAAUGAGCUUUCAAAGAAAGCAACAGAAAACAAUCAAUAGUCAAAAGGUACUGUUGAGGUGUAAUCUGCUCAAGUUCUUUUUUUUUUUUUUUAUAUUUAAAUUUAGGCGUUCAGUAUUCCAUUUGGUCGACUAAGGAGUUAAAGCGCUCCCUACCAAGCUGAUCGAUCUCUACUCGAGCUCGAGUCCAAUCUGGUUAAAUUUCUAGUUGUAGCAUAUGCGGGAUUCAAGGAGAGGAUGCCGUUAGGCUCUUCCCUUUGAUGUGUAGUGUGUGUUCCUCUUGUACAUAUAUACUAAGAAAAUUUGGGUGAAUCAUGAGUGGAUGAUUAGAGGGUUGUUGUUGUGAAUGUUCAAUGAUGAACUGAGCCAUAAGCAAAUAAAGAAAGGGCUAAAUCUAAGUCUUCUUCUCCAAGUUACUU